UCUUGUAUUAGCUGGAUGUGUGCUGCAAACUUUGGUCGCAAGAUCCGUUGUUUGUUGGACCUUUUCCGAUAUUUCCAGGUGAAAUCCGGAUCGAUCCGGCUUGAACCGUAGUGCAAUCGGUGCGCGGUACUUUCGCGGAUGUGUCUUUGGUGAAGAUUUCUCCAAUCGCCGAAGGGUUCCCGAAGAAAAUUGUGAUUUUUCGUGCAGCAGUGAUUGGCGGAGCACUUUGUGCAAAGUUCGCAAGGAUCGGACCAGACUUGGCUAAAUCCUAUUGACGGAAAGCAGUAGCCAGUUCCUGUCUACGGCCUAUGUGGAGGACUCAAACGUUGUGGAUUAAUAAUCAUCGAUCAAGUGAAAAGUGAUUUCAACAUCUUCGACAACGACGGCGGAGAAGAAGACUUCGUUGCAAGAUGCCGCAUAGGCUCGCGAGUAAAGUGUUAGUUUGUAAGAUUAUCGACAGCCGUUAGUGUGUUUUUUCGUGGGCAAACCUUGAUCACGUAUCAGAGUGAAUGGAAAUCUGAAAUCGAAUUCAGUUUAGGGAAGGAAAAUCAGUUAGUGUAACGGUGCCAGAAACCAGAAAAAUGUGGAACCUCGGAGCCGCAAGUAAAAUGCGGCUACCGAGUAGUUCGGUCCAGGCCAGAAAUUGGCCGACCCCAGCGCAACGUAGCCAUCGAUUUAAAUUAUUCAGUGUUUCAAUGUUAGCCAUCGUAAUAGUGUUAGUGUUAAAUCUUAAUAUUGUCCUAGUAUCGUGUAAGCACCAUCGCCAUCAUAGUUCGAACAGCGAAGAGUUCAAAUUCGACCCAACGAACAACUUCAUUAGUAUAGUCCUGCCCCACGAUACAUAUCCCGGCUACAGCAUUCAAAAAUUCACCGCAAACUUCACCAGCCCAAACUCCCCAUUCUCGUCGAUCUCGACCUACUCAUCCAAGCCGCUCAACUAUCGGCUACUCGAGACCGACUAUUCCAAAUACUUUACCGUGUUGGACGACGGUAUGGUCAUGACGACCUCGGACCUCUCCCCGCUAGUCAAUCGACCGGUGAAACUGGUCGUCCUGGAGGAGACCCCGAAUUCCACUGCCACCCACCAGCUGCAGCUGUACAUUAUGAACCGCAAGGACAUGCUACACUUCCCCAGCACUCUCGGUGAAACGGUCGGUGAGUUACUCGAAAACAAGAACGCCGGUACGCGAGUUCGUGAACUUCCGCUUCUACAGGCAAAUUCCGCGCGCGGUGCCAAAUCGGUUAUCUAUUCGAUCGCGAACGGUAAUAGUGGUCACGAGUUUGCACUGGAGGAUAGUAGCACCGGGGAGAUUCAUCGCACCGUCCGCAUCGACGACACCCGAAAACACGGUGUUUGGCUCGUAUCCAACAAGCCUUUAGAUCGUGAAGCCCAAGAUGAAUACACGAUUGUGGUCGAAGCAACGGACCCAAAGAAAAUUAACAAAGCGCAAGUUAAGUUGCAGGUCAAAGUCCUAGAUGUGAACGACAAUCAACCAGUGUUUACCAAGCCAGACUACCGCUUCACGAUAAACGGGGUCAAGUCGACCAACAACUACGGCAAUGAGACAAUCUCCUGGGAACGAUUCACCCGCGUCGGUAAAGUCGAAGCCAAGGAUGCCGACGGAGACAAGGUGGCCUAUCGGCUAAUGAACCCCAGCAAUACGGUCGUAAUCGUUCCUCAAACCGGUGAACUACUGCUGGCGGGCGAACCGGAUAUGUCUGAGCUGUUUAUCGACGUCGAGGCGCACGACAUUCGGACUCCGAGUCUGAAAAGCGAAAAACCAGCUCGGGUCCUGAUAGAAUUCUUAGCUCCAGAUCCGAUUCCGGUGGUGAUGCAGCACAUGGGACACGAUUACCAGCACUCGCAUCGGCGUGACAAGCGUCGGGUUACGCGAGCUGUGCGUCCUACCAAACGAAUUGAGUUCACAGAAGCUGACGGUGAUACUGAGGGCAGAAAUGUGUUUCAGCUGGAAAAAGAAACCGACAAGGAAACAUUCAAGAUUCGAGACGAAAAUCCGUGGGUAACGGUUGAAACGAAUGGUGCCGUGAGGGUGAAGAAGAAGUGGGACUACGAAGAGCUCGGACCAGAAAAGACCAUUGACUUCUGGGUCAUCAUCAGCAAUCAGGGAAAUGGAGCCACUCUAAAAUACACUGACAAUCAGCGUGUAAUUAUUCACGUCAAGGACAUCAACGAUGAACCCCCGUACUUCAUCAAUCGGCCCCUGCCCAUGCAAGCCGUCGUGCAGCUCAAUGCUCCCCCAAACACGCCGGUUUUCACGCUGCAAGCCCGGGACCCGGAUACGGAUCAUAAAAUUCAUUACUUCAUCGUGCGGGACCGUACCGGGGGGCGGUUCGAAGUGGACGAACGCUCCGGCGUUGUGCGGACCCGCGGAACCGAUUUGUUCCAGCUGGACAUGGAGUACGUGCUGUACGUCAAGGCAGAGGACCAGAAUGGGCGGGUGGAUGAUCGCCGCUACCAAAGCACACCAGAGGAACGGUUGUCCAUCGUUGGUGGAAAACGGGCUCCACAGUUUUAUAUGCCCAGCUACGAGGCGGAGAUUCCCGAGAAUCAGAAAAAAGACUCAGACAUCAUAUCGGUGAAAGCGAAAUCGUUUGCCGACCGUGAGAUACGGUACACGUUGAAGGCCCAAGGUCAAGGCGCGGGAACGUUCAACAUUGGGCCGACGUCCGGUAUAGUGAAGCUGGCUAAAGAGUUGGAUUUUGAGGAUCUUCGACAGCCGCACGUGUACCAGCUGGUGGUGACGGCAACCGAGGAUUCCGGCGGAUUUUCCACUUCGGUCGAGCUCACAAUCCGUGUAACAGACGUCAACGACAACGCCCCGAAAUUCGAACUUCCCGACUACCAAGCGCACAAUGUUGACGAAGACAUCCCUCUGGGAACGAGCAUCCUCAAGGUGAAGGCCAUGGAUUCCGAUUCGGGAUCGAACGCCGAGAUCGAGUACCUGGUAUCGGAUGAGCAUUUUGCGGUGGACUCCAACGGUAUCAUAGUGAACAACAAACAGCUGGAUGCCGACAACAACAACGCCUAUUACGAGUUUGUCGUGACGGCCAAGGACAAGGGUGAACCAGCCAAGACCGGCACGGCCACCGUCCGCGUGUACACUAAGAACAAGAACGACGAAGAACCCAAGUUCUCGCAGCAGGUCUAUACGCCUAACGUGGACGAGAACGCUGGGCCGAAUACGCUGGUUACCACGGUUGUGGCGUCGGACAAGGACGGCGACAACGUUCGGUUUGGGUUCGUCGGUGGCGGCACCAGCAGCGGUCAGUUUGUGAUCGAAGAGAUCACCGGCGUCAUUAGGCUGCACAGCAAGGGCAUUUCGCUCGAUCGGGACAAAUAUGAGCUGAAUGUGACAGCUAUGGAUGAUGGAUCGUGUUGCAUCAACGGUGAGGCGACAAUCCAUACAUCUACAGCUGUCGUCGUGGUGUUCAUAACCGAUGUCAACGACAAUAAGCCGGUGUUCAAAGACUGUGGCACGUACUACCCGAAGGUGGAGGAAGGUGCGCCGAAUGGGAGUCCGGUUAUCAAAGUGCAAGCCACCGACGAGGAUAAGGGCGUGAAUGGACAGGUCAAAUACUCGAUAGUCCAGCAGCCCAACCAAAAAGGCACCAAGUUUACCGUGGACGAAGAAACGGGUGAAGUCUCCACUAACAAGGUGUUCGAUCGCGAAGGUGACGACGGCAAGUUUGUAUCCGUUACGGUGAAGGCAACCGAUCAGGGUGAACCCAGCUUAGAAGGAGUCUGUUCCUUCACGGUUGAGAUCACCGAUGUGAACGACAAUCCGCCGUUGUUUGACCGACAGAAAUACGUGGAAAAUGUCAAACAAGAUGCAAGCAUUGGUACAAACAUUUUGCGCGUUUCCGCCUCUGAUGAAGACGCAGACAACAACGGUGCCAUUGUGUACACACUGAGCGCUCCGCAUAGUCCGAACGAUUUGGAAUACUUUGAGAUACAACCGGAAUCCGGUUGGAUCGUGCUGAAGAAACCGCUUGACCGCGAAACGUACAAGCUGGAGGCGAUGGCCCAAGACAAGGGUUACCCGCCGUUGUCACGUACGGUCGAGGUGCAGAUCGACGUCGUCGAUCGGGCUAACAACCCACCGGUGUGGGACAGCACAGUUUAUGGUCCGAUUUACGUGAAGGAAAAUAUGCCGGUCGGUGGAAAAGUCGUUUCCAUUAAAGCCAGCUCCGGUAUCGAGGGCAACCCAACGGUGUUAUCGGCUGAUGCCAGGCUCGACGGCACAGACGAACAAGCUGCACACGUUCUAUCUGCAGCAGCGGCCGGAAAACGGGGACACCUACGCCGACAUCAAGGUGAACCAUCCGCUCGAUUUCGAAACGAUAAAGGAGUACAAUCUGACGGUGCGCGUCGAGAACAACGGCGCCCAGCAACUGGCAUCGGAAGCGACUGUGUACAUACAAUUAGAGGAUGUAAACGACGAAAUUCCGCUGUUUACCGAACGUGAGCAGGAAACGGUACUGGAGGGCGAACCGAUCGGCACCAAGGUGACGCAGGUGAACGCCAUCGACAAGGACGGGACCUUCCCGAAUAACCAGGUGUACUACUACAUAGUGGACUCACCCCGGAACGAAGGCAAAGACUUCUUCGAGAUUAAUCUGCAGAGCGGCGAGAUUUUCACCAAGGUAGUGUUCGAUCGCGAGAAACAGGGAGCCUACGCCUUGGAAGUGGAAGCUC